AUGGCUAUUAUUGCUGUCGCUGGAGGCGCCGGAAAGCUCGGCCGCGCGAUUGUUGAAGCGAUCGUCGAAAAGGGUCAGGAUACCGUGGUGGUCCUGGCUCGAGAGGCCAAAGAGUUACAAGGAGCGAAGGUUAUCGCUGUCGAUUACACCGACGUCGAUAAACUUGCUGCGACGCUCAAUACCAACAGCAUUGAAAUCGUCAUAUCCACCAUCAACGCCUUAGAUGACGUUUCGGCCGAGCUGAACUUGAUCCAAGCAGCGGAGAAAUCAGCAUCUACGAAACGAUACAUCCCCAGUAUUUAUGGCAUACAAUACACUGAAGAGAUCGCAUCGUAUUUUCCCAUCGCUCGGGCCAAGCGCGGUGUCAUUGCUGCCUUGGAGGCAACCUCGACACUCGAGUACACUGUCGUUUACAACGGCUUCUUCGCCGACACCUGGGUUCUCCCCAAGGUCAAGUCUUACCAAAGCCCUUUCGCUCUAGUUGUCGACGUCGCCAACAAUUUCGCCGCCAUUCCCGGAUCUGGCGACGAGCUUGUAACUUUCACUCAUACCUUUGACAUCGCGCGCUUUAUCGCGUUCCUUGUUGGCGCUGCCCAAUGGGACAAGGCGUCGUAUGUGAUUGGAGACAAGGUCUCGUGGAAUCAAUUCGUGCAAUACGCCGAGGAGGCCAAGGGCGUCAAGUUCACGAUCACGCAUGACUCGAUCGAGGACCUCAAGGCCGGUAGGGUCACAGAGCUGCCCUCUCACCCGCAGAUGUAUCCCUUCUUCCCCAAGCAGAUGCUCCAGGGCUUCUGUGCUGCUUUUGGUCGCAUGUUUGCUGAAGGGGAGUUCGACCUCAAGCCUGAGCGUACGCUCAAUGAGGCGUUCCCUGAGGUCAAGGCGCGAAAGAUCAAGGACCUUCUCUUUGAGGCUUGGGGAAAGUAG